AUGCUAAUCAACAAAGAAUUUUGUGCUGAAAUUGAAAAAAGUGUGUUGAGUGGGGCAUUGUCAACAUUGGAGAAAGCUGUAAAGAAGGCUGCGAAUCCAUCGAAUGAUCGACCUCCAGACGUAGUAGUCAAAAUACUAACACACUCAAAAGCGUCACCGAAACCACAGCCACAGGACUCUACGUCUAUUCCUGAAAUAACUCCAGAACCACCAGAAACAACAAAUCAAAUAUUAAUCACUGCGCAACCAGUUCAAAAUGCGUCACCACCACCGUAUUUUCCUUGA